AUGCCGCAGAAUGAAGAUGCAGGAGACUACAACGACAGAGCGAUAGCAGCGAUAGUCCGUGUGGCUGGCAGCUGCCUGCUGUGUUGCUACACUUUCAAACUGGACUUUCAGUGCCCAUUUUUGAUUGAUGGUGACGCUGUGGUGUGCUGGAAUCUGACAGAAGAAAACAUCACACGAACAAACGAUCAAAUUCCUUGUAAAGAGAGCAACAAACUUACUGCUGAAGAAUCUGACAAGAUUAAAUAUUAUCAGGCUCUAUCACAGCCCUUCUCUGCCACCCCAGAACCUUCCUCAGCAAGACCAGAACCCUUCUCUGCCACCCCAGAACCUUCCUCAGCAAGACCAGAACCCUUCUCUGCCACCCCAGAACCUUCCUCAGCAAGACCAGAACCCUUCUCUGCCACCCCAGAACCUUCCUCAGCAAAACCAGAACCCUUCUCUGCCACCCCAGGAGCUUCUUUAGCAAGACCAGUACCCUCCUCUGCCAGCCCAGAACAUUCCUCAGCAAGACCAAAGCCCUUCUCUGCCACCCCAGAACCUUCCUCAGCAAGACCAAAGCCCUUCUCUGCCACCCCAGAACCUUCCUCAGCAAGACCAGAACCCUUCUCUGCCACCCCAGAACCUUCCUCAGCAAGACCAGAACCCUUCUCUGCCACCCCAGAACCUUCCUCAGCAAGACCAGAACCCUUCUCUGCCACCCCAGGAGCUUCUUUAGCAAGACCAGUACCCUCCUCUGCUAGCCCAGAACCUUCCUCAGCUAGACCAAAACCCCCAUCUGCCACCCAGAACCUUCCUCAGCAAGACCAGAACCCUCCUAUGCCACUCCAAAAGCUUCCUCAGCAAGACCAGAACCCUCCUCUACCAGCCCAGAACCAUCCUCAGUGA